GUUAGGCCAAUUCAAAACAAAUAAUGACUGUCAAACUCAUAUUUAUUAUUCUGGGGACGAUUUCAUUUAUAUCUGACAACAAACAUUAUCUCACACAAUAAACUCUCAACUCUGCUACUAUAGUCGUUUACUCAUAUAAGAGUCUUUUUUGAUCACAAAAUCCUUAUCAUUCUUCACCCCUUUUUUACACAUAAACAAGGUAUCACCAAAUUCCAUUCAUAACACAACAUGGGUCUGCUUGGAAAAAGCUUCACUUCCAAAAUGAAAAGCAUCACCACACUUGCUGUUUCUAGGAUUGUUAUCUUGAAGAAUCAGCACAAAGCUCGAGCAUCUUAUGCUCGCUCUGAUGUUGCUCAACUCUUAAACCUUGGUUACCAUGACCCUGCUCUGCUUCGUGUGGAUCAAUGGAUAAUAGAACAAAACAUGUUGGAGGUGUUUUCUAUGAUAGAAAGCUAUUGUAAUUUCCUGAGAGAAAGAGCUGAAGCUCUUGAAACCAACAAGGAGUGCCCCGUUGAUCUCAAGGAAACAUUAUCUAGCCUUAUCUUUGCAUCCUCAAGGUGUGGAGAUUUUCCAGAGCUGCACAAGAUAAGAGAGAUUUUAACAUCAAGGUUUGGGAAAGAGUUUGCAGAACAUGCUGUUGAGUUGCACAAAAAUAAUAGAGUGAACUCUAAGAUGAUACAAAAGCUUUCACCAAAACGCCCCACCAUGGAAAUCAAAAUAAAAGCUCUGAAACAAAUUGCUUCAGAAAUUGGAGUUACUUUGCGUUUGGAGCAGGAGCCUGUAUUGAUAAAUAAAGACAAAUUGAAUGUUGAACGAAGACAAGAUGAACGUGAGAUCAGAAAAAAUAGUGUUGAUGAUCAUCACAAUAAAGUUAAUAUCCAAAAUAAUCCAGAAAAAACAAUUCAGCAUGAGCUUGUAUCUAAUAGGAAUGAAGAAAGGAAGAGACACACUGAUACAGCUGCUGCAGCUGAAAAAGCCUUAGAAUCAGAAUCUUUUGAGAUUGAAGUUAAUAAACACUCAAAUCAUGCUAUUGAACUAAAAGCAUCGGAAAGGAGGGAAAUUAAAACACUUGCAUGGGAAGACUUCCAAUUAAGUCUGAAUCCAAGAGAUAAGAUGACAGCAAUAUCAAAGAAUGCAGUGUUAAUUUCCGAGGAACAUGCGGAGGAAGCAAAUAGAGAGGAUAACAAUGAUCACAACAGUAAUUCUGAUGCAGCCACAGAAAACGAACACUUCAAAUCCAACGAAGAAAGAGUUUACGCUUCUUCCAACGCUAUAAAAUGGAAUUCACAGAGGUCUCAAUCUGAUCCCACUCAACAUCCUUUGGCAGCAAGACAUGUGAUGGAAACUAGCAAUCAUGAACAUGUGGAUUGGAAGAUGAUGUCAGUGAGGAGUAGAUGAUCAAAAGGUGACUAACAAGUAUGGAGGAUUGGAACAUAUUUUUUUCUUCAAAAGUGUACAAAAGGAAAAACCUCAAGUGAAAUAAAAUAAAAAGCCAGUUUGUAAGGAAAGAUGUUUCUCUUUUUAUCUGCUAAAAAUAUAUAAAAUGGAAAAUACUUAGAGAGA